UAGGAUGUUGUCUUUUCAUCUGUCAUGCCCAUUGCACCAUAAUUCAGUGCAUUUGAGAACAUUGGCCGAUUAGACCACUAUACCAAAAACUACUAACGCCUUGACAUUAUUCGAGUUAACCUGGUGUAAUGUUGAUUGAACUGAAUGAAGGCCAAAAGUGACCCAGAAAACCACAAACGACGAGGUUAACCCGAUUGCGCUGUGUAAACAUUUCCCGUGUGUACCUGUGGUCUUCUCACGGCUUUGUCCAGUUGACCUGCGUAUUACCACUACCUGUGCAUAUCGCCAUGCGAAGUCAAAACACGGCUGGUAUCCCUGAUACCUCUGAAAGGACACUGUGUCUCAACUAAUAGUCCGUGAUACUGCGCAAUACCAACCCAGCGUUUUAGCAGCUAAAGGGCUGGUAGGGUGAAAGUCGCCCUUUCAAUCCGUGCACUCAUCGGAAGGACAGUUGUGUAUGGGUCAACCUGCCAGCUAGCACCCAUUAUUCCUCGGCAUAUCCUUGUGACGACACCAGCGAAUCAAUCUGAUAUGCCCCUGCUGUAUCACUGAGACUCAAAAACAUCGGCGAACUUGAAUCAGGGACACCGGGAUUUUUUAUUCCCCUGCGGAGUUUGGCGCAAUGUCGAACAACACUGAGGAGAAACAAGAAAAGGAAGAUUCUCCAGAGUACGCGUUUGCAACAGGAACGACACUCCAUGGACUGAACAAGAUCGCAGACGCUCCAAACUGGGGGGCCCGUCUGAUAUGGACCUGCAUUUUCCUCGGCUGCUUUGGAUACGCUACCUAUCUCAUCACAGAAACGAUCCUGUCGUAUCUGAGCUUCGACACUAUCACAGACGUGUCGCUUAAGUUCGAGGAAUCUCUGGACUUCCCAGCCGUCACCUUCUGUAACUUCAACAAGUAUUCACUUAACAAAGUUGUCACCGAUCCACGAAUCAAUGUCUACCUGGAGCCGCUAUAUGCAUUCCCGAAAAGGUAUAGCUUUGUUGGACCGGGGAUGUCUUUAGAAGACGGCCCCACACCGACCCCGACCCCCACUCCCUUCGUCGACAACUUGGCCAGCAUCACUACGUUCGCAAGCUUCCAACUGGAGGACGCGUUGAUCAAGUGUACAUGGAGGGGAGAACCUUGCGACGUUUCGAACUUCACCCACUCCCUGUCCCAGUUCGGCAACUGUUACGUCUUCAAUGGCGACAUCGGGACGGAAUCCGUCAAACAGACCAUCUCCGGGUCAGGCAACGGGCUUCACCUUAUCCUCAAUGUGCUGGCUGACCAAUACUCAGAAGAUCCAACUCAAGGCGGGUCGUCCGACGUGGGGUUAAAAGUUCAUGUUCAUCCCCGAGGGGAGCCCGCCAAGAUGGACACACAGGGCAUCGCCAUCGGGCCGGGAACACAUGCCUAUGUGGGGAUAUCGAAGAUCUCGUAUAAAAAUGAGAUUCCUCCGUGGGGAAACUGUGAAGAGAAGGAACUGGAGCAUUACGACACCUACACCCUGACGGGCUGUCUGCUGGAGUGUAGGGCGCACUGGGUGGAGACCAUGUGUAACUGUACCGCCAUGGAACUGCCAGGAAACCUGGACAUCUGUGAACCUCAGACAGUCGUGGAUUGUGUGACGUCCGUCUACAAUCUGGUUAUUCGGGGCCGCCUGUCGUGCCAGUGCCCGACCCCGUGUGAGCUGGGCAUAUACGGCAAAUCUGUGUCCUACGCUGGCUGGCCCAACCCUGGAGCUGCAGCCAGCCCGUCCAUAGGAACGUACAGGACUAAUUCCGCGUACAUGGAGCGAAACUACUGUGUGUUCGACGUCUUUUACAAGGCGCUGAACAGCAAGACGAUUAUCCAGAAAAGGGCUAUGACGGAGGAAGACCUGCUCAGUGCGAUCGGCGGUUCCCUGGGCCUGUUCAUCGGCGCCAGUAUCAUCACUGUGGCGGAGAUAGGGGAAUAUCUCAUCACCAGACCUUUUAAGUGUCUCCGUAAGAAAACCAGGAUGGACUGAAAAUCAUCGAUGACAAACAGUAAAGAGGCUAGAAACGGAAAGACAACGCAGUAAGAAAAGUCGCCCAGGAGCUUGACGUCAUCUGCAUUAUUAGUUUGUAAACUGGACAAAACAAAUAUGUUCAGACAAAAGGAUGGUGUGGUCAUUAGUAACUUAAUAUCAUGUCUUGGCCUUGUGUGGUCUACGCAUAUUGUAGAUAGGACUGUGCAUAAGGUUUCUCAAAUAUAAUCUCGAUAAGUGAUGGGCGGAUGUUUUGUUUGUUUGUUUGUUUGUUUGUUUGUUUGUUUGUUUGUUUCAAUAAUAAAACAAAAAACACUAUGUGUUAUUUCAAGAGUGUAUGAAACUUCUUCAACAUUGCUAAUUCUGUU